AUGAUGGGAAACCGUGUAACCGGUAAGUUCACACCGAAUCAAUGGGCGACCAUUCUUGCGAAGUUCAAGGAGCAGUGUCCCAUUCACUAUCCUUACAAAGUUGCACAACUGCAAAGUAAAUACCAACGAAUGAAGGUGUAUUGGAGAAAAUCUCACAACAUGGUUACCAAUGCCACUGGAUUGAGUUGGUGUCCACAUAAAAAAUUGAUUACGGGAGACGCUGAUGGUUGGCGAAACUGGACAACCGCAAAUCUGAGUUAUCAUGACAUGGAGGGCAAAGUAUGUGUGCACUACGAAGCGUUGACGACUAUUUUUCAUGGGACGACUGCUACGGGGUCGAAUGCAAGGGCAUCGACUCAACGUGUGCCCGAGGGAUGUGGUGAGCCAUCUGGAAAUUUCAGCCCCGAUGUUUUUACGCAACAAGAUGACGAACCAAUGGAGACCUCGACAUCUCAUCGACGGCAUGCUGGGCAGAAUUGGUCUGUUCGUCGAAAGAGAAGCACGGAGUCCAGUUUCGACAUCGCCAUGUACUCGUGGUCCGACUUGAAUGUGUCGCUAAAAGAAAGAAACAACAAACCCGUGAAGCUAACAACGAUGGAACAUGCAAUGCGCGACCUCCAAGCUAUGCCGAAUAUGGACGAAGAUCUUUUCCAGUUUGAUUGA